UUCUAUUGACACAUUUGUAGGUUAUGUGUUUAUUUUGAAAUAAACACAUUUUUCAUAUGACAACCAAAGCUAUGUUUUUCAGAUUUCAUUAAAAAAUGGCAUUAAAUUCUUUAUGUGAAGCUGAGAAAAUUUAUGCUCUUCAUGGUGUUCAAGAUGAUUUUCGAGUGGACGGGAGACAACGAGACGAUUAUCGUCCCAUGGAACUAGAAACAGAAUUCUUACCUCAAGCUAUGGGAUCAGCUCGUUUACGAUUAGCUAAUACCGAUGUAAUUGUUGGUAUAAUUGCUGAAGUUGAAAAGCCCCAAAUCGAUCGUCCAAACGAAGGAAAAAUUGAAUUUUUUGUUGAUUGUUCUGCAAAUGCCACACCAGCCUUUGAGGGUCGAGGGGGAGAACAAUUAGCUACAGAAAUUUCAAAUUGUUUAAAAGUUGCAUUUAGCUCAUCACAAGCAUUUAACUUAACAUCAUUGUGUGUAGUUCCCAAGCAUGUUUGCUGGAAAUUAAAUAUUGAUAUUUUGAUCUUAGAAUGCGGAGGUAAUUUAUUCGAUGCGGUAUCGUUAGCAGUCAAAGCAGCUUUAUUUAACACUAAGCUUCCAUCAAUUGUAAAAUCUGAAGUGGAUGGUCCUGAAAUAUAUAUUGAGAUAUCAGAUAAUCCGUACGAGUAUCGUUCAUUUGAUAUUAAAGAUAUCCCAAUUAUGGUAACUUUAUGUAAAAUUGGUGAACAUUGUGUAGUGGAUCCUUCCAGUGAUGAAGAACAGUGUUGUUCCUGUUCGAUUGUGCUAGCUAUAUCGGGUGAACGUAUUUGUUCUGUUAUUAAACAAGGUGCGGGUAGUUUUCAUCCGAUAACAUUGAUUGAAAGCUUAGAGUUUGGAAAAACUAUUGCAAGUACCUUAGAUCAAGCCUUAUUGGAUGCGUUAGAACGUGAAAGUAAAGUAGAUAAUCGUCAAGCUGUUAGAUUUUAAUAUAUUUUAAUAAAAAUUUAUAAAUUUUUAAUUGUU